AUGCGCCAUCCGAGAGGGCUGGUGAAAUUGUUGCUCCAAUGGUUCGAAGCCGGCAAAGGAUACAUCGAACCCAUGGGACGACGCGAGAUUAUGGACAAGUGGGGAAUCACCUAUACUCAGGUACGUCAGGCUCUCAAGAAAUAGAUUUUCUAAUUUUGGGUCCUAAACUUAUAAAAAGUCUAAAAUUUGCAGAUCUCCAAGUGGUCGUACGAUCGUAUGCGUCGGAACGGACUGUACGGAGAGAUCAAGUUCUUCACGGCGCUCGGAAAGUUUGUUAGAGGUGAGACACAUUGAAAUUUUCUGAUUUUAUGUGAAACACGAAAUUCGAUCGACGCGUUCCCGGUUAUUUUAGAGUCGUCACUGUAUAAAAUCGCAUUCCGAUACGAAAAAGUGGCGAAACACACGUUUUGUCGCAUGUCUCCGGCCUCAUAAAACAUUCCGUCGUUUCAGACCACCCCAACGAGCAGCCAUCGGCCAAACUGUUUGCGGAGUACACACAGAUGCUGGUCAGCGAUUUUUCAACUAUUCGACUGGCCUAGAAUUGCCUUUUUUUCAGAAAAAGAUCCGCAAGAUUCACAAUAUCGGAGCCACGUCAUCGUAA